AACAUCUUGGAGCAACUUUGGAUAUCUGUUCUGUCCGCAGUCUUUUUUGACAAAACUUAUGCAUUAACCAUGGCCGCACCUCGCGCGUCUGUCAGACUGGCCUUUGAAAGUACCCGAUCUUAUGCGACAUUGAGGAAAGGCUCUGCGACAAAGGUCAAGCUGCCCAAUUCAAGACGAAUCCCGAACCCUAUCUCGCGUGGCCCAUAUAACACUACUGGUAGGAGAGAUGGCGUCAAGCCUUCCAUUCCGGCCGUAGUGGAGCCUCAGUCGACCGAGUCGUUUCAGAAGCCAUCACAAGAGCCACAGAAAGAACCGAACUCCAGUAGAACACUAUCAGAAGCUUUACAGGAGGCAGACGCAGAAGGUGCGAAUCCACUCGUAGCGCCCAUCAACAUCCCAGAUGACCCAAAUGGUAUACUUCCAAGGGACCAUCCAGCACUUUCAAUCCUCGCAAACUCAGCUAUCCUGAUAAAAAGGCAGCUAGAGUGGGGCAGCAUAUUAGUAGGGUUCGAGCAGGCGAACCGAUACGUGAUUAUGGAUCCUCACGGGGAAACCAUAGGAUAUCUAGUAGAACAAGAUCUUGGACUAGGAAAAGCCGUUGCUCGACAGGCCUUCAGAACGCAUCGUAGUUUUACAGCACACGUGUUCGAUCGGGAGCAAAAAGAAGUUCUUAGGAUCCACAGACCCUUUAGCUGGGUCAAUUCCACAAUUAGAGUGUACGACUGUGUAAGUCCGAACCCAGAGGCAAACACAGAGGAGUCAAACGACAUCGCGAGAUUAGAAAGUAGUGAAGGGGCCGCACACGUGUCCCAGCUACCACAUUCCGAGAUGCGCAUCAUCGGUGAAGCAUCUCAAGAAUGGGCCCCUUUGAGACGCAAGUACAACCUCUUUCUUCCGCGCGACUCCGAGCAAGAACGUGACACGCCUCAGCUUACCUCAGGGCAGCUCCCCCUUUCUAAUUCCAAGGCAUUGGAGAUACGCGAAGACGACAAGAGACAACUCAAUAUGUCACAAUUUGCGAGGGUAGACGAACCCUUCUUAUCAUGGGACUUCACACUCAAGUCGGCUGAUAGCGAGGUGAUCGGGUCUGUCAAUCGUGAAUUCGGGAAUCUUGGACGAGAGAUUUUUGCGGACGCAGGCACCUAUGUGCUUCGAAUGGACUCUGCGCAGACAAUUUCUGACAAAGGGGAAUCUGCUACUCAAGCCCCUGGGAUGACUCUGGACCAACGUGCAGUUAUGUUGGCGACUGCGGUCAGUGUGGACUUUGAUUAUUUCAGCAGAAAGAGUGGCUUCGGAGGUUUGCCAAUACCCUUCUGGAUACCAAUGGGUGGAGCGGAGGCUGGUGCAGCCGGUGCCGAAGCUGGUGCAGUAGGUGCCGCUGGAGCUGGCGGAAUGGUUGGUGCAACAGAGGAAGCAGGACUUGCUGGUGCAAGUGCUGGAGGCCUCGCGAAUGCAGGGCGUGGUGCUGCUGGAGCGUGGGGAUCAGAGUCGACUGUUGCCGGAGUCGGCACUAUGGCCGGAUACGAAGCCAUGCACAGAGGACGAGGAAGCCAGAGUAACGAACCAUUCGACGAUGCGUCGCCUCAAGCCCCAGGAGACAUAGAUGAUCGGGUACCUUCGCCUCAGGCUUCCCAGCACGGGUCACAACCUGAGGACGUAUGGGGUGAGAGCUCGCAUUGGGAUGACAAGCCUGGUGGACAAUCACCAUAUUCUGACGGCGGCAGUGAUAGCAAUAGCAAUAGCAAUAGCGGUAGCGGUAGCUCAGAGGGUGGCGGACUGUCUGAUUUCUUCUCCGACUUUUUUGGAUAGGACGAAGUAAAGACUGUUGUACGCAAAGCAUCGCCCCUGGCAUGUCGUAUGGGAAUUUAGCUCCAGGAGUCGUAAAUGGUCUCAGAACGCAGGUGUAAAGACUAAUCAAGCACUAACUAGAUUACGAACAUCUCUUCGCUGUGACAAUGCCUAGGUGUGGCGUGGUCUCUGGCAUAUGAAAGCGUUCAAACAGAAUUCUAUGGUCUGUCUAUUU